UGCAGCCUCCCAGCUUGCUGAGGACCCCCUGCCGGCUGCAGUGACGCUCCUGGCCAGCAGGGGGUCCAGGCUGCAGUAGCGCUCACAGCCGGCAGGGGUCCUCAGCGGGCAGACACCAGGAAGUGCUUAGCGCUCAGCUCCCGGGCCGGGAGACAUGGCGGGCGGGGAUCCCGUCCCCUCACAGCCCCUGCUCACCGUGCUGGUGUCGGCCCGGGCCUGGCUGGAGGAGGCGGAAAGCGGCCGGGACUCUGUGCACCUACAGCUCAGUGUGGAGCCCGAGAGCCCCGGGGACUUCCGGUUAUCAGUGCGAAGGAGCCAAGCGGGGGCCCGGGGCCCUACAGGAGCGGUCCUCGGUGAUUUCCACCUCAGGGACGUCCUGUACGAUCAGAAGACGCCGCGGUGCCACCAGCUCACGGUCCUGGAGACGUCCGGCCGCGUCCUCACAUUUCAGUUCGAUGAUGAACGGGAAGCGCAAAAAUGGUGGACAGUGGUGAGCAGCUCCCUGCGUGAGGCCAAGAGAGUUGCACAAUCUCAGGGGGAGGUUUUAGGAUGGAAGCCGCCGCUCGCUGACAAGCCCCGCCCAUCACCGGACGCCAUUAUAUCGCCAUUUAAAGAAGCUGAGCCACUAAUAAACCUGUGCACCAAAGAGGAUUUAGCCGCUCGGCUCAGCAGGUCCAUUGAGGCCGGAGAUCCGGUGUUGGCCGCACAAUACGCCGCGGAGUUGGCGCAGCAGAAGGUUCCGGUGCAGGUCCAGCUGAAGCCGAUCUGUUACCCGAAGAACGAGAUCUGCAUGAAGGUCGGUGUGGAGGACGCCUCGGCCUCGGUCAACAUCUCCACGUAUGUGAGCGCACACACUACGAUCGCUGCUCUGAAGCAGCAGAUCUUCCGGGAGUAUCAGUUCCAUCCCAGUAUCCAGCGCUGGAUUAUCGGACAAUGUCUCUGCUCAGACGAGCGAACCGUCGGCUCCUACGGGAUCAGGAAAGAUGGCGACACCGCGUUCCUCUACCUGCUGGGAGCAAAACAGAUGAAGCUGAACCCGCAGGAUCAGUACACGAGCGGCAACACCUUCCCUGUGAUGCCCACAUGGGACGAGCGCAAGUUCAACACCAUGCCGGCCAGACACAGUCCGAAGAAUGGCGUUUUACCAAGUUUUCGCCCAGAGAAAAUGGAGCAGCCAAACCUCCCCCUUGACAUCCAGCCUCUGAAUACAAGCCAGAAGCCCCCGGUGCCUGCGGCGCCCUCCUCCCCUGCACAGGUAGGCGACUCGUGUCCAGGGUUUAUACCUGUCUUAGGUUAUGUUGACAAGGCGGCGUUUACAAGCAGACAAUCUGCAGAAUCAAUACAUUUCUGA